ACCCAUGGACCACCUCUUAAAAUUAUCAAAUCCAUACGAAUUCAAUGUCUAUGUCAAAGUCUAAGUUUAUUGAAGAGACAGUAGUGUUAGACAAGCAGACAACAGGUUUAGGUUUUACUAUACGAGGUGGUACUGAUGAAGAAGUUGAGGGUUUAAGAAAUGGAAUAUUUGUAACCUCUAUCAAGUCUAAUGGUGCUGCAGCACGGAGUGGUCGAGUUUUUAUUGGUGAUAAGAUAUUGAAAAUUGAUGGUCAUGAUCUGACAUCUGUUACUCAUGCAGAAGCAGUUAAUCUUUUUCACCAAACAGGAGACAUUGCUACGUUAUUAUUAGAGAAGAGGGUACCUGAUAGUGAGACUCGUCUUCGUGGAAGAUCAUUACUGUUCAGGAAAACAUAUUUAUGGCUACCUUUAACAAUUGUAGUCAUAAUGUUUGGAUUGCCAACGGCAUAUGUUCUCUAUAAGAAACUACGAUAGCUCUAUUAUGCAUAACUAUCAUCAAUGUGUACAAUAAUGGUUAAUAAUUAUUUUUAAUUCAA